UUCAAUCAAUAAUGAAGACUUUCAUUGUAUUCGCUUUAGCAAUUGCCACCGUGAGUGCGGCCAAUCUGGACGUUGCCUUACAACCCGCUUUUGCCUCAGGACGUAUCAUCAACGGCUAUGAGGCUCAAAAGGGUGAGGCCCCGUACAUCGUUUCGCUAAAGUCGAUUUCCCACUUCUGUGCUGGCUCCAUCAUCGAUGAGAACUGGGUACUCACUGCUGCCCACUGUUUGAUCUACGACAGUUUCAGCGUUGUCGCUGGUCUGCACUCCCGCAACGACGAAUCGAAUGUACAAAUACGUAAGGUCACCAGUAAAUCUCAGUACGUCGUACAUGAGGACUAUGGUGGUGGUGUUGGACCCAAUGAUGUGGGUCUUAUCUACAUUCCUGAAGGCUUCGACUUGAACGCUCUUAACCGUGAUGGUGUGGCAUCUGUUGGUAAGGUUUCAUUGCCAUCUGGCAAAUACGAAAGUACUGGCGACGGCAAGCUUUUCGGCUGGGGACGUGACAAUUCCGGUGCUUUGCCCAAUGUGCUCCAAACAUUAGAUGCCAAAAUCAUCGGUUACUCCGAGUGCAAAGCUGCUCUACCCCUCUUCGCGCCCAUCAAGGAUGUAAACAUAUGCUCAUACAAUGCUGGUACGACCGAUGGCGCCUGCAAUGGAGAUUCCGGCGGCCCACUGGUUAUCAACACCGAUGCUGGUGUCGAACAAGUUGGUAUUGUGUCAUGGGGCUACACUCCAUGCGCCAUCACCAAAUACCCGUCGGUCUACACAAGUGUUAGCGCUUACCAAAAAUGGAUCACGGAGAAGAUCCGUAACUGAAUAUUGUCUUUGAAGCAUUACCAAAAUAUGUACUUUUUCAAUAAAACUUAAAUUCUUUCAAA